AUGGCGUCUUCUUGGACACGUUUUGCUAUUGUUUUGCUUCUGCAUGUCAUCCUCUUGAUGCAAUUACUUCCAGUACACUCUGAUGACGCAGAUGAUCAUCUACUUCAAGGAAUCAAUAGCUUCAGGCAAUCUGCAAAUGUUCCACCCCUCGCAAAGCACGAUAAUGCUAAUUGUGUAGCCGAAGAAAUUGCUGAUGAACUGGAAGACCAGCCUUGUGCUUCCAACACUGCAUCAAAUACGCAACUAGGCAACUACCAGAGUCUUAUGAAGAAAUGUAACAUAGACAUCAAUACCACAACCGACGGGGUAAUACUGCCCGUGUGUGUCCACGAUCGGGUUGCGCCUCUUGUGCUCACCAAUUACACUCUGUCUCAGAAUUCAAGAUAUCUGAACAAUUCCAGGUACACAGGAGUAGGCAUGGGACAUGAAGAUGAUUGGACGGUCUUAGUUUUAACCACGAACACACCAGGAGGAAGUUUUGCAAAUAAAGCUUGUUUGCUAAAUAUCAUUACUUCGAGUCACUUGUUUGUUUUUCAUGAUAAUGAACAGCAAAACUGCAGUAUCCACGUUAAUGAAGUGUUUGUAUUAUCUAUUAAUGAAGUGUUUGUCUCUUUUGUUGGCAAAUAUCUAUUAAUUGGUUCUGCAGUAUCCACGUUGCAAUGGGGCAAUGACAGAGAUAGCAAUUUGGGAGGAGACAGACAGAAGAAAUUCUUCGGUGAUGUCUUCAAUCGUCCACAUGCUUAUAUUUCAGAAUUUCUUACCUGA